GAAGGGAAUUUCUGCGAAAUAGACAUCGACGAAUGCAUGUUUUCAGAAUGUGUCGGUAACUCAACAUGUACUGAUGGCAUAGGUGGAUACUAUUGUGAAUGUGAAGACGGUUAUGAUGGCAAUUUAUGCGAAUAUGAAAUAGAUGAGUGUGAAAGUUUUCCGUGUAAGAAUAAUGCCACAUGUUAUGACAUCCUUAAUGGUGUCAUCUGUGAUUGUGCAUAUGGGUUUUUUGGGGACUAUUGUAACUUUGAUAUCACCGAUUGUCCAAGAUUUUGUAAGAAUAACAGUACAUGUGAAAUAGCUAACUCCACGAUGACAUGCCUCUGUGCUCCUGGAUUCUAUGGUGAACUAUGUGACAGAGAGUAUGACGAAUGUCAAAGUCAACCGUGCCAAAACGGUGCAACAUGCAAUGACGUCGUCAAUGGGUUCGCCUGCUCAUGCGCGCCUGGAUAUUCGGGCACAAGCUGCCAAGAUGAAGUGGAUGAAUGUGAAAGUAGUCCUUGU